AUGUUCCAAACUGUAAUUCCGGUCAUCACUGUCUUCACUAAGUAUGACAUUCUUGUUGACACACUCGAAGCUGUGGAAUCGAAAGAAUAUAAUGAAGCUGCAUUCGAGUUGCUUAAACGUGACACUUUGAUUAAGCUGUGCAUCCAGCCACUUAAGGCUGUAGCUGGAAGCGACUUCCCGCACGCAUUUGUUUCCGUGAAGGAUGGGUAUGAGAGCACUGUGAGACAACUAAUUGAUCUUACAAUCGCAACCGUCGCUCCAGAAGCUGCAUUAGUCGCCCAAAGAGUAGAUGCUGGUCUUAAAAUUAAGGCAUCAAUCACUGUCGGCAAGAAAAGAUAUUUAGGAUAUUGGAGAAUGUCCGCGAACUCCUGGAGGUUCACCAAGUGGCACUGUCUUUCUGUGAUCUACAAAGACAUCAUUAACAUUUGGAACUUGAAUGACCCUCACGGUCACUUGGCCGAUGACAGGUGUAAAAAUUUGAUUCUCACAGAUCUGGACAUUGUCGAGACAGACAUUACCUUGUGGCAGAUGAUGAUAACGCACACUGUGCAUUUAACAUGUAUCAUGCACAUUGUGUUCCUGCUGGCGUCGACAGGGUUCAUCUCUCGUCGUGUCAUCAAAAUUGCUGUGAAAGCCUACGAAGUGGCUGGAAAAGGCAGGGUUCACUCAGCGUUUCAAUCACAUGUGCCUCUGAUCCAUAGUGGAGAAGACGAGGUGCUGGAGGAGAUUGUUAGAUUGAUUGAAAGCCACUCUAUCAAGGCUGAAGAAGUUCAGGACAUGAGGACGAAGAUUGGGUCACACAUGAUGGGGUUGCAACUAGACGAAGAGUGGUGA